UUAUCGUUCUUUCUAUAUAUCUCUUAUCCUUCUUCUUAUUAUAUUUAUGUCUCUUUUUUUUUUACUUUGUUGAAAAAUAAUAUAUAGUAUGUGAUAAAAUAAGAUAAAAUAGAAGGCAAAUGAAAACUGAGAUUUUUCAGGUAAGGACUCGAGACCUGCGAAUUCUCAGGGAAGGACUCUCCGGCCAAUUAUAAAUACCAAAACCCACAAUGCCAAUUUCAACACGACUAUCACCCUCUUUAUCACAUUCCUUAGGUUUCCUGCUUUUUUUCUUUUGUUUUCUCGAGCUUUUCUGGUAUUAUAAUUUUCUGUCGAGAUCAUGACUAUCCUCAAUAUUGAGCAGUACUCCGAGUUUGUUGAUGCAGAGGAGACGAAGGUCCCUAUUGAUGAGGAAGAGUUGGUGUUGGAUAAUGGGUUUGUUGUGCCACAGAUCAACUCCUUCGGCCACACCUUUAGGGACUAUGAUGCUGAAAGUCAGAGACAAGAAGGCGUGGAAAACUUCUACCGAACCAAUCACAUUAACCAGACUUAUGAUUUUGUGAAGAAGAUGAGAGAAGAGUAUGGAAAAUUGGACAGGGUGGAGAUGAGCAUAUGGGAAUGUUGUGAACUUCUCAAUGAAGUUGUUGAUGAGAGUGAUCCGGACUUGGACGAGCCCCAAAUCGAGCAUUUGUUGCAAACGGCUGAAGCAAUUAGAAAGGACUAUCCCACUGAAGAUUGGCUGCACCUGACUGGGCUUAUCCAUGAUCUUGGAAAGGUGCUUCUUCUUCCUAGCUUUGGAGAACUUCCUCAAUGGGCUGUUGUAGGGGACACAUACCCGGUUGGCUGUGCUUUUGAUGAAUCAAUUGUCCAUCACAAGCAUUUCAAGGAAAAUCCAGACUACAACAAUCCUGCUUACAACUCUGAAUAUGGAGUUUACUCGGAGGGCUGUGGACUCAACAAUGUAUUGAUGUCAUGGGGACACGAUGACUACAUGUAUUUGGUAGCGAAGGAAAAUAAAACCACUCUUCCUUCUGCAGCUCUUUUCAUCAUCAGAUACCAUUCAUUCUACGCAUUGCAUAGAUCACGAGCAUAUAAGCACUUAAUGAACGAGGAGGAUGUUGAGAAUCUGAAAUGGCUUCAAAUAUUUAACAAAUAUGACCUUUACAGCAAGAGCAAGGUUCGAGUUGACGUUGAGAAGGUUAAGCCAUACUAUCUAUCUCUCAUUGAAAAGUACUUCCCUGCGAAGCUAAAAUGGUGAAACUCAGUGGUUUUGAAGUUUGAUGAGUUGAGAUAUGCAUCACAGCAAACACAGUACUCGCCUCUAGUUGUGGUAGUUUUGAGUAUUUUCCUUUCUUUGAUGGUAGUAGGGAUCAUUGUAUGUAAUAAGCUCUAGUCGUACUUUGUUUGCAGUCUUAAUUCUACCGCUUUUAAAUAAGCAUUUUCAAGUGUUUUCAAAACAGUGAAUUUGAAAUAUGAAGUUAUCAUGAGAAAAUAUUCCCUCGA